ACGACGCCACCGCGGCUUCCCGAGGUCCGCCUGGCCGCCCAGCGCCGCGGCCCUCCGGAGGCCUGGAGGGGUCUGGGCUGCCGUCCACGGCGUCCUGAGGCGGGGGACGCGCCCGGCGCCCCCAGCCCUCCUCCGCCUCCUCCUCCCGGGCGGGCGGCCUCCUCCGGCGCCUCCUUGCGCCCGCCCGCCGCUCGCCGCCGCCUCCCUCCCUCCUUCCCUGCGGCUCCCCCGGCUUUCGGAGCCCGGGGGCGGCCUGUGGCGCGCGGAGCCCGCGCCGGACUGCGCCUCUUUGGACCUUGAGGGCAAACAUGCGUUUGGCUUGGAUCGUUUGAAAUUCUUAGUUUGGGAUCCCCGCCCGCCUGCCUCGUGAGCCCCGCGGGUUUUCUCUUCUUUUUCUCUUUUUUGCCUUUUCUGGCUCCGGGUCUCCUUUUUGACUCUCUCCCCCUUUAUGCUCGUCCAGCCCUCCCGUUGCUGAGAAGUGGGGGAGGGUCUCGGCCUCCAGGUUCCCGCCCCAUCGGGGCCCGGGCGAGCAUGGGGGGCAAGCAGAGCACGGCGGCCCGCUCCCGGGGCCCCUUCCCGGGGGUCUCCACCGAUGACAGCGCCGUGCCUCCGCCGGGAGGGGCGCCCCACUUUGGGCACUACCGGACGGGCGGUGGAGCCAUGGGGCUGCGCAGCCGCUCGGUCAGCUCGGUGGCAGGCAUGGGCAUGGACCCCAGCACGGCCGGCGGGGUGCCCUUUGGCCUCUACACCCCCUCCUCCCGGGGGACCGGCGACUCGGAGAGGGCGCCCGGCGGCGGAGGGUCCGCGUCCGACUCUACCUAUGCCCAUGGCAAUGGUUACCAGGAGACGGGCGGCGGUCACCAUAGAGACGGGAUGCUGUACCUGGGCUCCCGAGCCUCGCUGGCGGAUGCUCUACCUCUGCACAUCGCACCCAGGUGGUUCAGCUCGCACAGUGGUUUCAAGUGCCCCAUUUGCUCCAAGUCCGUGGCUUCUGAUGAGAUGGAAAUGCACUUUAUAAUGUGUCUGAGCAAACCUCGCCUCUCCUACAACGAUGAUGUGCUGACUAAAGAUGCGGGUGAGUGUGUGAUCUGCCUGGAGGAGCUGCUUCAGGGGGACACGAUAGCCAGGCUGCCCUGCCUGUGUAUCUAUCACAAAAGCUGCAUAGACUCCUGGUUUGAAGUGAACAGAUCUUGUCCGGAACACCCUGCAGACUGACCCUGCUGGGCUUGCUUGCCAACUCCUCUCAAAGGGACAGACAGCCCCUGUUCCCAAGAGGAGGCUCAUCGGACACUGGAGCAGAGCUGAGCUUGGGACACCGGUGGGAACAGGGCAUCCCUUCUGCACUGACUUCAGAAAAUGGUUCUCCCUUCCUCCCCGAGGACACCAAAUUGGAUGCGAGCAAGUUUGAGAGAAGAAUGAAUCAACUGCUAUCCUUCCCCUCACCCUUCAGCCCAGGAGGGAAAGGGCAUUUUCUUUUUCACCCUUGAAAGGCAUUGUGGGUCUGUCUUUAAAGUGUUUACAAAAAAAAAAAAAAAAAUUAUAUAUAAAAAAAAAAAAAAAAAAAAGUCUAGUGUCGACUGGUGUUUUCCCUCGUGAUGUUUACAGAUUGCUGUUUGCUGCCCAGCUGUAACACACUCAGUGACAGAAACGGACGUGCCGGUCCUCACCGCCCACAUUCUGGUGCUGGCGAGCACAUAAGGUCUCUUCUUUUGCCCGGUGCCCCAACCAGCCCUCUCCACCACCAACCUCUCUACCUUGGGGUUUUUUUUGGUUUUUUUUUUUUUUUUUUUUUUUUUUUUUCCAUUUUCCUGGCUUGGUUUUGCACUUUUCUCCCCUUGGGAUCCUGAUAUCUUGACUUCAUUGCCAAAAGAACAACCCCUCGAAAACUUUCUUCCCACCUCAGAUCCCCAUUUCUUUUCCCUUACUUCUUCCCGGUUCUAGACAGUUCAGAGGAUCUAACAAUCACAAGUGUCCUGCAAAAAUGCCUGAACGUUAUUCUUAGGCCAUUGUGGAUUUUUUUUUUUUCCCCCCAGAAAACUUAAAAAGACUAAGAAGUAUGUACAGCGACCCCUGUUUUCAGGCACUCUGUUUGAGAACAUUUUAGCCAUUGAUGUUCACACGUGGCAUCAGCCCAUGCAAGAUAGGUUUCUGUAUUUAUAUACUAAAAUACAAAAAAAACUUAUAAAAUGUUUAAAAAAUGUUCAAAGUUUGGGAGAAAAGCUUUCUUCAUUAGUCAAGGUGUUUUGAUAUGGUAUUAAAAUAAUGUCUAAUAAAAGAUG